GUCCCAGGUGGCUCAGUAAGCAACUGUUCAGGCACCACAUACAGAGCAAGGCACGUUUGCAGAGAGUCUUCAGUUUUGGUAGAAUGAUUUCUAUUCACUCUACUAAAUAAUGUUCCUGAACUGAAGAAGAUGGGGUUCCUUUCCACAACUGUGGAAUAAUGUUCACCAGUGAAAAAGCCCAUUUUGGGGCACCAAGAAUUUCAUGAAGUAGAUCUGAAGGAAAUUUGUUUGACAUGGAAGUCCAAAAAUCCUCAAAAAAUUGCACUAUUACAGAACAAGAACUUCCAGACCCAAGUUUGCCUCUCAAUUGGCCAGAUGAUGUCACAUUUCAUGGGAAUAUUGCUUCCAAUGCUAUGAAUCCAUUCUGGAAUGAACUGUCUGCUUCUAACCCAUUUUUGGAUGAUAUAACUCGGCUAAGAAAUCACCACAAGAGAGAAAAUAUUUCCAUCUUGAAGGAAGAUCCUUUUCUUUUUCUUAGAGAAAUAGAAACUAGAAAUUCUUUUGAUUCCUCCGGUGAUGAACUUGAUGUGCAUCAAUUGCUUAGGCAGUCUUCCUCAAGGAAGUCUGGAAGAUCUAAAAGUGUCUCCGAACUUUUGGACAUUUUAGAUGACACAACACAUGCUCAUCAGAAUAUACAUAACUCUGACCCGAUCCUAGAACAAGACUUAGAAUGGCUUCAAAAUGAUCGAGAGGCUUAUAAAAUGGCUUGGUUAAGUCAACGCCAGCUGGCCCGCUCCUGCCUGGAUUUGAAUACAAUCAAUCAGAGUCCUGGAUGGGCCCAAACACAAGUUGCAGAGACCACAAUAGUUUGCAAAUUAAACCACCAAGGAGGGUCAGUUCAAUUACCAGAAUCAGAUAUCACUGUUCAUGUGCCCCAAGGCCAUGUAGCUGUGGGAGAAUUCCAAGAGCUGUCUCUAAGGGCUUUUCUAGAUCCUCCACAAAUGCUUAAUCAUAAUCUUUCAUGCACUAUAAGCCCGCUGUUGGAAAUCAUGUUAGGUAACCUUAACACAAUGGAAGCCAUUUCACUAGAAAUGAAAAUUGGGGCUGAAGUGAAAAAGGAUCCUUUCAGCCAAGUCAUGACAGAAAUAGUGUGUUUACAUAGCCUGAGUAAAGAAGGCCCUUUCAAAGUAUUGAACAACUGCUACAUUUAUAAAGACACCAUCCAAGUCAAACUAGUAGACUUGAGUCAGAGGAUGUAUCUCGUUGUUGCUGCACUAGCUAAAGGUACUCAGUCACCAGCUGCCACCAUUUGGGAUUAUAUCCACAAAACCACCUCAAUUGGAAUUUAUGGGCCCAGAUAUAUCCAUCCCAGUUUCACGGCUAUUUUCACAGUUUGUGGACACAGUUAUAUGCCAGGAAAGCUUACAAUCUCUGAUAUUAAGAAGGGUGGAAAAAAUAUGUCUCCAGUUGUGUUUCAGCUGUGGGGAAAGCAUUCUUUCUUACUUGAAAAGCCACAAGAUUUAAGUAUUUCUGUCUUUUCUUGUGAUCCUGAUUUUGAAGUAAAGGUGGAAGGAAAAAGGAAAGAAAUUAAACAAAAGCAGUUGCAAUCAGGUCAAAUAGUUCAUCAACAAUUUUUAUUUUCUUUAGUUGACUCCAGAGAAAUGCACUUGUUUGUUUUCUGUGUUCAGGUGGAGCCUCCCAAUGGUGGAUUACUUACACAGUUCUUUAUCACUACACCUGAUCCAGCCCCAAACCUAAAAAGGCUCUCAAAUCUGCCAAGUGAUUUGCAGAAGGAGAAAGAAAUCAAGUCUGCUCCUUUAUUACCAAGUGUGCAUGUUAAAUAUCCCAAAUUUCAAGACACACAAUUGAACUUUACCAACUAUGGGGUAACCCUAAAGACAGUGCUAAGGAAAACCAAAAUUGACUACUUACUCGAAUAUUUCAAAGGUGACACAGUAGCUCUUCUUGGAGAAGGUAAGGUAAAAGCCAUUGGGCAGUCCAAGGUGAAAGAAUGGUAUAUAGGAGUGCUGAGAGGUAAGAUUGGACUUAUACAUUGCAGAAAUAUCAAGAUGAUUGCAAAGGAACAAGUAAUGUCUCUGUCAGAUAGUGUCUUCACAACCAGGAAUCUUCUUGAACAAAUUGCCCUGCCCUUUAAAACGCUGACUUAUAUCUAUUCAGUUGUAUUGACCUUGGUGUCAGAAGAAGUUUAUGAUUGGAAAGUUUUAGCUAAUGUCCUGGGUUAUUCACAUCUGAUGCUGGAAGACUUUGAUCAAAUACAAGCAGACAAAGAAUCAGAAAAAGUUUCUUAUGUUGUAAAGAAGUUAAAGGAAGAUUGUCAUGCAGAUAGAAAUACCAGGAAGUUUCUUUAUGAACUUAUUGUGGCUUUGCUGAAGAUUGAUUGCCAAGGGUUAGUAGCGCGUCUCAUCCAAGAGGCUGCUAUUUUGACUUCAGCUGUCAAGCUUGGAAAAAGCUGGAGGGAACUAGCUGAAAAGUUAGUACAACUCACAAAGCGACAAAUGGAGGUGUAUGAAAUUCCUCACAGAGGAAAAGCUGGAGAUGUUGCUGUAGAAAUGAUGUGGAAACCUGCUUAUGAUUUUCUCUAUACUUGGAGUGCUCACUAUGGAAAUAGCUACAGAGAUGUGUUACAAGACCUUCAAUCAGCUUUGGACAGAAUGAAAAACCCUGUGACCAAACAAUGGCGAGACCUAACUGGAGCUUUAAUCCUAGUAAAUUCUUUAGAGGUUUUGAGAGCAACUGCAUUCUCGACUUCUGAGGAAGUAUAGAAGUGAAGGGUAUGUUUUUUGGAGGAGGAAGUAGGGGGAGAAUGGGGGGUGUGUGUGUGUGUAUGAAAGAGAAAGAAUCUCAUAGAAGUAUUACUAAUUUUUUGCUUGGUAAAGUGUGCUUUUCUGGUGAAAGCACAGCCUAACAAAGUCCAAGGAUGGGUUUUAUAAUCUAAUAUGUAUUUUUGUGUAUGUUUCAAAUGCAAACAUUAAGCUGCUUUGUUAUUGAGAAAGGAAAGAAAAACCUUCCCUCCCUUUCAAACUGCUUUAAAUUUCUUUUAGUUAAAGCAAAUGACUGCUAACAUCACACAGAUACCCAGAUAAACUAGAGUUUCUCAAUAUUAACACUGGAAUUUUACCAGGAGACAAGUAGGGAGAGAGGCGAAGCAAACACAUACUCUGUGGCCAGGCACAGGCCUGAAGGCUUUCUAUACCUGAUCCUUUUUAUUUCUCAGUGGUAUGUGCUAGCAUUAUUCCCAUUUUUCAUGUGAAGAAACUAAGGACUAGAGAGGAUGCUCAGGCCUAUGCAGACAGCGUGAAAGAGGUUUUCUGUGUGCAAAACCUGGUUUUAUUUUUUUAAAAAAACAUAGUACAUAGGAAUAUAGUAAAAAAAAAUUUAAAUGUGUAUUAAAAGUUAUAGGAAAAUGGCAGCUAUUUCAUUUUAAUUAAAGCUUAACUGCCUUUGAAAGACUGCCAGAAAGAAACAUGACUUAUCAGAAAUCUGUUGUCUGCAUCCAUAGACUGGAGUUUUCACCACCUUCCUCCAGCAUCUUGGGACCCAGUUAAUCCUGUCUAACUUAGACGUUUUCUUCAGGAUCAUAGUUUUUUAGUUUGCCAAGAUUUUUAAUAACAAAAGUUAUUUUUUAGAAAACCUGCUUCAUUACUGUUAAGUACAGCAGUCUUAACCACCCAACUGAUGUUGGUGUGUGCAUGUUCAUGUGCUCAUGUAAAGACACGUGUCUGUGUUUGUGUGUGUGCACCAGGGAGUUUUAUAAAGCUCUCAGGAAACAAAGAUUAUAUAGGAAUCUAGGUCGGUAUAAAGGCUACUGCUAGAGAGUUCAUAAAGAGAUGGUCUGUGCUGACUCAUAUGUUCAGUCCUCUGGCGCCUCCAGUGUUUAUGUGUUUCAGACAGUCAUUCAUUUAUUGUCGUUCAAUUGACAGGUAGUGUGUGUACCUACUCUGUGGCAGACACCUAGAUGCUUGAGGUUAAUAAUGGGAAGAAAACAACAUGAUCCUUGACUUCAGUACUGCUGAAGUGAUAGAGAUAACAAUAAAAAAAUUAUACAGUUUAAUCUAAAGUGGCAUCUGCAACACCAGCUGCAUGGAAAGGCUGGGAUGCCAAGAGAUAGAGAUAUAGGGGGGAGGGAGGGGACGUCAUAUGGAUUGGGGGAUCAGGUAAGUUUUCCCUGGGAAAGAAAUGAUGAGCCUAGAAGAGGAUCAGAUAUUGUUUCUGGUCUGGGAGGAUGGAAGAGACAGUUCCUCAAUGCACUGAAGCCCUCAGGCAGGAGUGGAGCCCAGGAGCUGUGGGGAGCCAGGGAGAAGGGCCUGAAAGGAUGAAGGAGUGAAGGAAGGAAAGACACGCCCUCAAAGGUAAUGUGGAUGAGCUGAAUAAGGAUUUUAUUUAGGCAUCCUGAAUAAAACAUGUCCAUUUGGCUAAAAAGUAAAAGCAGAAUCUUUUUAGAGCUUUUAAUACACCUACUCUGGGGUAUUUGGUAUGCUGGCAAAGGUAAUUUGAAUUAGGGUUUGAGAUUUUUAAGGCUUUUAAUAUUUAUAUUUGAUGAUACGAGAACAUAGCUGGCCCAAGGAGUUAUGUACACACAUUCAAGGACAGAAUUUAUUUUAGUUGAAAAUAAAUUCAGGGAGAAGAAAAAAAACGAUUUGUAAGUUCAGAAUACAGUCGUUUUUAGUGAUGAUUUUGCUUCCUUUAGAACAUUCUUGGAAUCUUAUUAGCAUGUCAGCAAACCAGAGAAUUUCGGGAAGGGAUAAUAAGGAAUUAAUAACUGGGUUUUUCCAGGCUCUAAGAUCUGAGACUACAGAGAUUUUGUUAGCUGAUUAGAGUAGUAAGAUUAAAUAAAUCACUCGGGUUUAUCACAUCAUGUGUUGUGAUUGUGGUUGGGAAGUUUAAGAAGAGUUCAAAAAAUGAACAGGAUGAUCUCUAUAAUUUAAGGAUGAAGCAAUGAUUUCAAUAUUAAUUCACACAAAGAUAUUUUAUAAUCUUGUAACAAGUGCUUUCAGAGGAACUUUAAACCCAUGUCCAAACAUUCUGUUCUUACAAAUAUAUUCUAAUAUUUUUAUAAAUCAUUUUUACUUUUCUGAAUUUUAUGUUUUUCUUCCUAUAAUGGGUUUCAUAAUCAGAAAAGAUUAAACUCAGUAGUCACGAAUUGGCUUUACAUUUGGCAGCAAAUCAAGGGAAUUAAUAAGGCACUUAAAUCCCAUCCUUGACAUCAUUAAAAGCAUCAAAAGCCAUUAAUCUCAAACGUCUUUAAACAUUUCGAAACUGGAAAAAGCAUAGACAGUUCUUUCAGUUCCUCAGGCUUUUCCCCUAAAGAUGUAUUGGGAUGAGAUUUUUGUUCAGUGCUCAGCUUGCAUUGUAACAAUUUUCUAUGUAAGCCACAGAUCCUCUACUUCCUCCUGUUAAAUCCUUAAUAUGAAGGCCAAUUAAGGCCAUGCAAGCAAUAGUGAGUCAUUAAUUGUUCAUACCAAUCAUGAAUGCAGUGCACUUUCAUGUCCUGUAAUGUAGAAAGUACCAAAAGAAGUUUUGAACUUAGGGAUGACUUGGUUUCUGAAAGGAGCAGAGUGCACUGCAAUAAUGGAUAGUGUUGGUCUAAGAAUUUUUGCUGCUACUAAACAGCUUUGAGUAUAUGAUAUGAAAAUACAAUAAAAAAAUUCAAAAUCAUACAAUGCUGUACAUAAUUGGAAGUUUCAAACUUUAAUUUUCAUACUGUGCUACAGUAAAUUAUAUUUUCUGUAAAUUUUUAAUUUGUAAGGAAUACUUGAGACAAUA